AUGAACAGUGAGGCCAAGACCCAGCAGCCAACUGCUGCCCCUGGUGCCAUCCUCAGUGCUGCAGACACCAAGCCUGACUCUAUGGGCAGCAGCACAGACAGUGACAUCCCAGGCAGUCUCAUAUCGGAAGUGCCGGCCGUCAGGGAGAAGACGCUCAUAGCAAGGAAGGUUUUGGGGACAGUGAAAUGGUUCAAUUUAAAGAAGGGUUACGGUUUCAUCAACAGAAAUAACACCAAAGAAGACAUAUUUGUACACAAGUCUGCCAUAAAGAAAUAUGCCACCAAGAAGCACCUUCGCAGUGUAGGAGACGGAGAGUCUGUGGAGUUUGAUAUUGUUGAAGGGGAAAAGGGUACAGAGGCUGCAAAUGUUAUGGGCCCUGGUGGAGUGCCUGUUCAAGGCAGUAAACAUGCAUCAGAGCAUAACCAGUAUAGAUGCUAUCCAGGUCGUAGGGGUCGUCCACGCAAUUCCCAGAAAUAUUACGGGAAUAGCAAGAGUGGGGUUAAGAAGGAGCAAUCAGAAUGCACUCAUGAAAGCCAAGCUCAACAAGUCCAGCAAAGACAAGUGAUGGAGGGUGCUGGCCACCAUGGUACAAAUGGGCGAAGUGUACCAGUUAGACCGGAUAUGUAUCGUAAUUACAGAACACAGUUCCGCAGGGGCCCUCCUCGCCAAAGACAGCCCAGAGAGGACAGCAAUGAACACUAUGAGGAAAAUCAAGGAGAGGAGACCGAAGGUCAGCAGCCACCUCGACAUCAGCAUCCCUAUGACAUCAAUCACCAACGAAGACGCCCAGAGAACCCCAAGUCACAGGGUGGGAAAGAGAUAUCAAAAGCAUCAGAUCCCCCAGAUGAGAAUCUGUCUACCCCCAAGACUGAGUAG